AUGUCACUUGCAAUUCGCUUAAACUCUUGGGGCUGGAUUAUCGCCCAUCGAAGAACAAUGUUUUUGCAACAGAUUAGUUUGGCGAUUACUCAUGCUAAGCCCUCCGAAGAGAAAAUGAAACGGGAAGCACAAAUGGAGGCAGCUAAAGCGGCUAAUGAAGCAAAAACAUUCGAAGAUACGCUACUCACCGCUGAUCAAAAAGACAUGGUCCACAUUAUGACUCGUGCCUCUUACAUCCCGACUGAAUUGUCAAAAUAUAUAAAAUCGGAUCCGGAAAGAUUGCAACAGGUUUUAAUGAAUUUGUCGUCGAAUUCCGUAAAGUUUACCGAGUCGGGAGAAAUGAUGAAAAUUUCAUUGGCUUCUUCGGAUACGUAUCAUGUGAAUGAAAAUGGGGGCCAGAUACAUAGAAUUGACCGAUACUGGCAUCGGAGACACAGAUAUCAUUAUUACUCUAAUAGCAUUGAUCCAGCAUUCGUGAAAGAUAUCUGGGAGAGUUUCUCGCAAGGAAAUCCUUCAAUUACCAGACGUCAAGAUAGUACCGGUUUAGGUCUCCAUUUGCAGUCGAUUCUGGUUCACCUGGAAUGUCGAACCUCUCUGGGAGCAGCCCCGUUGACAUCACCACCUCAAAUCAAUGUAUCCGAUGUUGGAGCGAGUGUGCAACAAGCAGCGUUCGUAACACCUGCACAUGUGCAAUCGAAAACUCCUGAUGUUAAACGAUCACCGAAUAAAAGGUCGGCGUCAAGUGAGAGUCAUGAAGAGAGUGAACCUAAAAAUACCAAGUCGAGAACACGUGUUGUGUCUCCAACAAAUAUUUUCAGGUUAUUCAAUACAAACUUUCAAAACUCAAUCUUUAUCGGCUACAAACGGCCUCGAAGCUGUGAAUCUAAUAAAAGCUGGGAAGCUUCUCAGCAAGAGGGAAACAACGCCAAAAACACGGUAAAAAUCUAUUUACAGCCAAUGUCUGGUUUUGACGCAUCACGUGAAAUUCGUUCAAUGGGAUUGACUGCCUCAGCUGUUCAAGGUACUCGGGAGUGA